AUGAAGUCCCUCAUGCGAGAGAAGCUGGAGACCACACCACUAGAGGUGAAACGAGUGCUGAGAAGUUUCGGGCAACCAGCGGACGACUGUAGCGUAACCUUGCUGCUCACCGAAAAUGGUAUGCCCAAGUACAUCAUUGAGCUCAAGGACGGCACGCGGCUGUUCAUGGGCAGCGUUUUUGGAGACUCGAAAGACUCCGACAAUGUGCUCGCGUCCAUGUGGACGCUGGUGCCAUGCUUUGAGGAGAAGCAGUGCCUUGCAUCGGACAAGCAUACUCCAAUGAGUGAAUGCUCUUACAAGCUGCCAGCCACACUUGGUGCCUUGCACACCGCGUUUCGUGCAAGCGGCGUCAGCAUCGAGGGUCUGAAGUACUACUCUGCUGUCGCAAGCUUCGAUGCGGCCCGGGCGAACCUUCAAAACUGCAUGGCCUCAACAUCGGCGAUGCCCUCGGACUUGCGACCUGUCCUUCGGCCUGUGGAGCAGUGUCUCAGACAGUUGCGGGAAGCCGACGUGGCCGUUUUGGAUGCCCUGCCCCGGCAAGUGAUUCACGGUGACUUCCAGCCGAAGAAUCUGAUGCUGAGCCCAGAUGGCUCCCUGCGCAUCUGUGACACAGAGACCAUGACCCAGGGUCCCAGAAUCUACGACUUGCUCUUCGUCUUCAUGGGUAGCGACGAUGGCGACUUGCUUGGUCACUGGGGCGCGGCGCUGGACCGACUGGAGGAGUACCUUGUCGCCUCCUGGCCGCUGGAUGAGGAUGAGCUGCAGGCGAUGCCUACAGCACUUGCCCACCUUGCGACGGGCAUCGCAGCAUGGGCUGCGCAGAAGUUCGAGAACCCUGGCAGCUUAUCUCCGGAGAGGCUGAUGCAAAUCAUCACCUGCUUCUCCCAGGCCGCCAAGGAGUUCUCAGAUUCGGAGAGGAUCACGGCUUGCUGCCGUCUGGCCAACUGCUUUGCGGGAGGCCCUGCAGUGGAACUCGAGGCUUACUGUACUUACUUCCACAGGACAGAGGAAUUGGGCAUGGGCUUUCAGUGCCCAGCCCUGGAGACCGGCGAGAAGAGAGCAGCCGUUUUUUUCAAUGGCACUUUCUCUCCUGUGCAUGCUGGGCACCUGGCGACGGCUGAAUCCGCCGUUAAGGAGCUGGGAUUUGACAAAGUCACGGUUGUCUUCUCGCCAUGUCAUGAUUCCCAUGAGGGCGGAAAGCUCAAGCAGCUCAGUGUUGGCGUGAAGCACCGGGCUGCGAUGCUAGAAGUUGCAGGAGCCACUGUGGACUUGUAUGAGGCUUACCGUGACACAGCAGCCAUGGACUUGGAAGGUGUGCAGUCGUCCUUCGUGCGGCGGCUGCCCGCCAACUACGAUGCCUUUUUCUUGGUAGGGGCGGACGUUGCGAGCUGGAGGUGGCUUCGGAGGAAAGUGGCUCUCGGCCUCUUCGUGCUGCUUGUAGCGAAUCGCCCGGGAUCCGAAUCUCGCGUUGAAGCUUGCGAAAGGAGCUUCUGA